GUUUUAUAAUUUCAGAUUGACUUCAUAAUCUGCUGCUUAUUUUUGUUUAAAUCUAGUAUAUGUUUUUUAACUAAAAUGCAUAGCAUUGUCGAGUACUUUUCUGGACAGGAAGGUAACAAAUGUGGUUACUGCAAGAGUCCAAAUACUAAUUUUAGCCAUGGUAUGUGGGCACAUGCGCUAACUGUAAGUGAUUAUCAGGACUUAAUUGACCGAGGUUGGAGACGCUCAGGAAAAUAUUGUUAUAAACCUACUAUGGAUGUUACUUGUUGUCCAAUGUAUACUAUUAGGUGUAAAGCCUUAGAGUUCAAGGCCACAAAAUCACAGAAAAAAGUUUUAAAGAGAUUUAAUAAAUAUUUGUUGGGACCAGAUAAUACUGAAAAACCUUUAAGUAAUGCAGAUAGAAAGAUGUCUACAUGUAGUAGCUUAGAGGAUAAUAUGGAACAUUUGCAAGAAACAAGAGAAUGUUUUGUAGAACCUACUCGUAAACAUCAGAACAUUGAUGUUACCAAUAUAGUGAUUGGUACUGAAGAGUCUGAUGAACUGAAUGUUGAUCAUGUAUAUAAAGGGGAUGCUUCCGCAGAAUCAAGUUUAGAGUUACCGGAAGACAUUAACCAGAAAGAUUUAAAAAUAACUUGUUCUGGGCCUGAUCCAACAAGAGCACCGUGUAAAAAAGCAAAGCAAAUAAGGCGCGAGAGGAAGUUAGAAAAACUCAAAGAAAAAGGUAUUGAUAUAACAACUGUGAAAAAUACCAACAAAAAUAAGGAAAAACAAAUAGAGGACUUCAUAAAUGAUCUGCCGGAUGACAUUAUACAGAAGUUAGAGAUAAGGUUGGUACGUACCACGCCGCCCAGUUCAGAAUGGUUGGCAACCGCUAAAGAGACACAUCAAGUAUAUGUCAAGUAUCAGACUGUUAUACACAAUGAUAAGCCACAAAAGUGUCAGGAAGAGAAGUUUCAAGAUUUUUUAGUGAAAAGUCCUUUACUAGAAGAAAAAACAGAGACAGGACCACCUUGUGGCUAUGGGUCUUUUCAUCAGCAGUACCGGUUGGACGGCAAGUUGAUUGCUGUAGGAGUUAUCGACAUAUUGCCAAAGUGUGUUUCUUCAGUUUAUUUCUUCUAUGACCCAGAGUAUAUGAAUCUAACAUUGGGCACUUAUGGAGCACUCAGAGAGAUCGAAUUCACAAGACGAUUAAAUUCAAUGGCUCCUGAGUUGAAAUAUUAUUACAUGGGGUUUUACAUCCACAGCUGCAUAAAGAUGAGGUACAAAGGCAACUUUUUUCCUUCGGAUCUUCUGUGUCCUGAGACCUACCAAUGGUUUAAUCUAAAAGACUGUAUACCUAAGUUUGAGUCGAGGCCAUAUUCUAGGCUAGAUACUGAUAUAGACAAUAUUGACGGAAAUUAUCCUACCGAUAAAGAUAUAAAUUAUAUACCUGUUUCUGUCAGAGGAAAUGUUUGUCUGUAUAAAACAUAUAGAAGAAUCUGUAAAAUUGGUCAGAAAAAUGAUGAUGACAAGGAAGGAGUCACAGAAUAUGCUCAAUUAGUUGGCGCCAAAAUGGCGAGAAAGUUGAUUUUAGUUAGAGAAAAUAUAUAGCGUUUUAUAUUCAGAGAUAGAGAAAUUGGAAAUGUAUUAUUUAAUGUAGAAUUCAUUAUUACUUAUGUUGUCAACCGGGUCUUAACACG